GUCUGUGUUUUGCGUAUUGUUCUAAUCAUUUGUCCCCAAAAGCUGUUUCAACUGUCACACUUUUUGAGUGAAACCAUUUUAUUUCAGGUAUGAGGACCACACUAUGCCUCUACACCUUCAAUUUGGACUUGGAAAAGCAAAGAGGAGAAUUAAGGAAAGCGUGUUCGAAAUAUGGUCACAUCGCCCAACCCGCAAGAAGAGUCAAUACCACAAUGAGACUUGCCGCCUUCAGGAACCUCAUGACUGACGAAACUGUGCUGUUGACACUGCCUAUACAAGCUUAUUUGAUCACCUCGUCGGACGAACAUCAGAGUAUCGAUAUAGACGGCUUUGAAAAACGGCGAGAAUACAUUUCCGGCUUCAGUGGAAGCUAUGGUGAUGCCGUGGUUACUCUUGACAAGGCUGCUCUUUGGACCGAUGGUCGUUACCAUUUACAGGCAGACGAACAGCUGGACUGCAACUGGCUCCUCUUCCGCGAAGGUCAUCGAGGAGUCCCCUCCAUGUCCAAAUGGCUGAGAGAACAACUCCCCGCUGGAAGCAGAGUUGGUCUAAACCCAAAAAUCGUUUCUCGGUACACUUGGGACGCACUACACGGGUCCCUGGCUGCCCAUGGGAUAUCACUAGUCGCCUUGAACGUCAGUCUCGUCGAUGUGAUUUGGCCAGAAGAAGAGAGACCUCCAAGGACUGUUAAAGAGGCCUUCGUCUAUGAUAUUGAAUAUGCAGGUAAGAACUACACAACCAAAGUGGAAGAAGUGCGAUCCGAACUAAGAAAAGUUGGUGCAGACGCGAUGGUGGUCACAGCUUUAGACGAGAUAGCAUGGAUGCUGAACAUCAGAGGCAGGGACGUACCUAAUUCCCCGUAUUUACGAAGUUACGUCGUACUUGACAUGCAAAAGGUCUUUUUGUACGUAAACUCCAGCCAGUUGAAUGGUACAGUCAGGAGCCACUUGGGAAUAGGUUCCAGGAUCGUCAAAAGCGACUCCGUGUAUUUGCGAGACUACGAUGACAUUUGGACGGAUCUAAGAACAGAAUCGCAGUACUACAAAAAGAUCCUAGUGCCAUCUUACUGCGUAUACAGUGAAGGUGCUAGCCAUGCAAUCUACCAGCACAUUGAUCCUGAAAGAAGAUUGCCAAUGCAGUCUCCAAUCAUAUAUCUAAAAGCUUUGAAAAAUCAGGUGGAAAUCAAAGGAAUGCUAGAAGCCAAUGUGAAAGAUUCUGCUGCUGUGUGUGACUGUUUUGCGUAUAUCGAACAACGGAUAACUGAUGGUGAGAACUUCACAGAACUAGACGUCGUCAGAAUCCUGGACGAAUACAGAUACGAACAGAGACUAUCACUGGGCAACAGUUUUCGGACUGUAGUAGCGUUUGGUGAAAAUUCAGCUUACCCAAACUAUGAACCUACUAUAAAUACAAAUACCCAAAUUUUCACAAACAGCACAAUCGUUUUGGACUCAGGAGGGCAAUACUUUGGUGGCACAACGGACAUUACCAGAACACUGCACUUUGGUUCUCCAUCUGACGACGUGAAAGAAGCUUAUACAAGGGUGCUAUCAGGAAUGAUCCAGCUGUCUAUGUUGACAUUCCCCAGCCGUUUGAAAAUGGCAAUGGUCGAUGUUGUGGCCAGAUCAGCUUUGUGGGAAGUUGGAAUGGACUAUUUCCAAGACACUGGUCAUGGCGUUGGAUCGUUUUUGGGCGUUAGAGAAUCUCCGAUCAAAAUCAACUUUAAUUCUAAAGUCAGUUCGGAACAAACAUUCAAACCCGGAUACUUCCUCUCAAAUGAGCCUGGAUAUUACAGAGACGGGCAGUUUGGAAUAAAGCUGGAAAACAUACUACAAGUUGUUGAUAAGCCAUGGUUAAAUCAUGGAGGACAUGCAUUCCUUGGAUUUAAAGUGAUAACCUUGGUUCCAUUUGAACCAAACUUGAUCAAACUGGAGUUGCUUUCACCUCAUCAGAGAAGAUGGCUGAACAAAUACAAUGAACAAAUUCGACAGCAUGUAGGAGCAGAAUUGAAGAGACAGAACCGGAUGCAUGGUUUCUAUUGGAUGAUGGAUAAAACUAAGUAUAUUCCAGAAAAUGGGAGUAGAAGCCUCAUCGCAAAUCUGUUGUUAGCUGUAACGAGCACUGCCUUUAUAUGCUUUGUGGUAUAAGAUAUUAUUUUUGUAUUGUAUAAGCUAUUAAUUUAUUGUAAAGGAAAUAUCGAAAAGAUUUAUAGUUUUUUACACCAUACUUGUUUUUAUAGAUUAAAAAAUCACUGCACAUCUUUGUCUCAUUCAAUCAAUUACUGUGGAAUCAGCUGAUGCUAUUAAAAUAGCGAUUUGCAUAUGAGUACACUAUAUGG